ACCCGGAGCAUUGUAUCAAGUCGCGAGCCUUGCAGUUGCGAGGAGCUAGCCGCGGCAAGCGGAGCGCACCCAAAUCCAUUCGACACCAGAACUUCAACCCUAUCCCAGUCUGUAAUCUUAAGCGAAAGCCACGAAAUCGGAACGCGUCUAGGAGCGGAGAUAACACACCGGUAGCACAAUGCUGAACACCUUUAGUUCGGUGAGGCAGUACCUCAAGUUCGAUAUCACACGGGUUGUCAUUGACAACAUCGUGUUUAAGCUUCACUAUCGAUGGACCUUUGUGAUGCUCCUGGUGGCCACUCUGCUGAUCACAUCGCGUCAAUAUAUCGGCGAGCAUAUACAGUGUAUAUCCGAUGGUGUCAUUGCACCUGUGAUCAAUACCUUUUGCUUUUUCACACCAACCUUUACAGUGGUGCGUGACCUGAACCACACCGCUUUCAAGCCAGGCAGUGAACCCCCUGGCAUUGGACAUUAUGAUCCCGAGAAGCACACUAUCAAGCGGCAUGCCUACUACCAAUGGGUGCCCUUUGUCCUGUUCUUCCAGGCCUUGUGCUUUUAUGUGCCACAUUUCCUUUGGAAGAAAUGGGAAGGCGGUCGGGUCAAGGCUUUAGUCUUUGGCCUCCGGAUGGUGGGUUUGACCAGAUACCUCAAGAAUGACAGUCUCCGGAUAGGGAAACUGAAUAUUCCAUCCAUGGCCGAGGCGGAGGAGCGCAUCAAGGACAUACGGCGCACGAUGAUUGAUAGGAUGCGUUUGAAUCAAUCCUGGGGAGCUCAUUUAGUGUUUGCAGAAAUUCUGAAUUUGGUGAAUCUAUUGAUACAAAUCACUUGGACAAAUAGAUUUUUGGGUGGUCAAUUCCUGUCCUUGGGCCCACAGGCCCUAAAGGCCAGAUGGUCCAAUGAGGUGAGCAUAUUGGAUUUGGUCUUUCCCAAGGUGACCAAGUGUAGGUUCCACAAGUUUGGUGCCUCCGGAUCACUGCAGGAUCAUGAUACCCUUUGUGUGAUGGCUUUGAAUAUUAUGAAUGAGAAGAUUUAUACCAUAUUAUGGUUCUGGUAUGCCUUCCUCUUGAUUGUUACCGUGCUGGGCCUCAUCUGGCGACUCUUUACGCUGUGUUUCUAUAGAAAUGUUACCUUCACCCGCUGGUCUUUGUAUUGGGCCAAGCCUGGAAGACUGGAUGAAAACGAACUUUCUGCGGUGAUUGACAAAUGCAACUUCUCCAACUGGAUGUUCCUCUUCUUCCUGCGCACCAACCUCUCCGAGUUUCUGUUUAAGAAAGUCAUCUACCAUUUGGCCAGCGAAUUUCCCAAUCCUGACCAUGAAAACGACAUCAAUGCCUAUCGUGACUUGGGCUCAGCGCCCCCGUCAUCGUCCGGUAAGGUUCGAUAUCCGAAUAUCAGCAAUCUGGACACUGUGGACUCGCCGCUGCUCCAUCUCCGGCAUCCUGGUACAACCACAACGGGCAGUACCACACCACCCAACGGAGGACCCAAUGGCAAUGGUCUUGGCCAACUGCCAAGCACUUCGGAGAUGUCCAAGUUGCCUGUUUAACUUAAUUUAUUCAUUUCAAUUAAAGCUAAGCAAUUAAUUAUUCCGACUUUUUUUUGUUUUUGUUUAAUUUCAUUCUUUUCAUUUCAUUUUUAAA